CCUCGGUGCCGCUCUUUGUUCUGGGCUGCUGACAGCGCUAGCCAGCGCCACUGUAGCCUGGUUAGCCUGCUAGCUCGCCCGCAUCACAAAUGUGGGUCACCGUCAGCAGCCUGGCCGGAACGCUGCCCCCCGAAAACUGCCAGCCCGCGGAGUUGCUCUGGGGCGAAACCAGCCGCUGAAGAGAGAGCGGCCCAAAUGGAAGAGUGACUACCCGAUGACGGAGGGCCAGCUGCGCAGCAAGAGGGAUGAGUUCUGGGACACGGCGCCAGCAUUCGAGGGCCGGAAGGAGAUCUGGGAUGCUCUGCGCGCGGCAGCCAGUGCCUUUGAGAGCAACGACCACCUGCUGGCUCAGGCCAUCCUGGACGGGGCCAGCAUCACUCUGCCGCACGGAGCUCUGACUGAAUGUUACGAUGAACUGGGGAACCGGUACCAGCUCCCCGUCUACUGCCUGUCUCCUCCCAUCAACAUGAUCGAGGAGCGCUCCGACGACCCGGACGGCUCAGACCCGGACUCCGGGGCCGCUGACCCCUCGGCAGGCAGCGGCGGGGACCCCGGCUCCGGAGGGGAGUUCCAGCUGCGCCUCCGGCUCUCCACAGGUCGCGACCUCCGACUGGCGGUCCGCUCGACAGACACUGUGGGGAUGAUGAAGCGGCGGCUUCAGAAUCAGGAGGGCGUGGCCUCCGCGACCCAGCGCUGGUUCUUCUCAGGCCGGCCGCUGACUGACAGACUGCGUUUGGACCAACUCAACAUCUCGAGAGACUACGUGGUGCAGGUCAUUCUCAGUCAGCCGCCGCCACCAGAACCCUGCUCGCCGGGACACACGCCGGACCAGUUUGAGCCGCUCAGCGUGGAAGGAGACACUGGACUGCAGCUGGAGCCCACACCUGUGGAGAACUGAGCCCUCACACGGGGGGGAGACAGUGGGAUUUUAACCUUUCUAAAGUCUUUUUAACUGUUCCUAUGGAAACCAAACGACACAAACUGCAGCUUCAAAGGUUUUUGGGUGACCCUGGUGGCGUUUGUGUUUUCUAUCUCCGGGUCACCUACUGGAGUCGUAGGGGAGCGUGUCGGUAGUUACACGAUAAUUCUGCAGAUCAAUGUAUGCAAGCACGUGAUGAGAUGCUGGACAGCUGGACACAAUCCAAGUUACAGUCAGGAGAUGCUGAUUAUAGAUGCUUUAUUUCACUCUGCUUCACUCAUUCAUCAUAUCGACCAGCCGUGUGUGUGUGUGUGCGCGUGUGUGUGCGUGCGCAGCUGAGCGAGUGACAAUAUCUCAUCAAGACACAAAAACACUUUACAAAAAGUUACAAAAAGUAUCCAAAACAGUUGCUUAUUUUGAUUAAAAUGUCUUUUGGAUUAAAUUGAUUUUGGUUUCUGU